AACAUAUAACAAGCAUGACAAGGAAUGAUUAAAUCCAACAGCAGAGGCGGAGCUUUCCACGAAAACUCAUCGAGGAGGCGGCGGCGGCGGAACGGAAGAGGUGGUGCACUAGUUUGCACUUCGGCCGGCGGAAUCGGAAGAAGUCAUCGCCGGCAUGGGCCGCAAGAAGAAGGAGCGGCGCGAUGGAAAUGCGAUGCUCCGGAGAGUCGUGUGUUUUGACGAGAAGAAUCGACGGGAGUUCUUGACAGGGUUUCACAAACGUAAGGUUGAAAGGAGGAAAGCAGCUGUGGAGGAAAUAAAGCGCAAAUUGAAGGAAGAAGAAAAGAAGAUGAAAGAAGAGAGACAUAAAGAAUACAUGAAGAUGUUGAAGGAGAGAGAAGAAGCCUUAGAGGAAGCUGAUGAAUUGGAACAUCUAGUGACAUCUCGAACAGAAUCGGUGAGCUAUGAUCACCCAAAUCAUACUGUCACUGUUACUACCAUCAGUGACCUGGACCUUUCUGGUGAUCGUGUGCUGGGGCUAAAUGAGAAAGAAAAUACUGACCUGGAAGGAGAAGACGCCUUGAAUACAUGUACAUUGCCUAAGAAAGCUAGAGAUCCUCUUCUGUCUGAGAGAAUUUCUUCCCUCACUGCUUCUCUGCAUUCCCGUAGUCAGAAAAAGGGGAAAAGAAAACAGAUCAACCACAAACAAGGAGUAAAGAACAGAGGCCAAAAGAUAAGAACAGGACGAACAAGCAAGUCCCAGCGCCGGAAAAUGACAGGCAAAAGGAGACAUGUCCAAGACUGAAAGGCUGACUUGGACUGUUAAACUGCUAAUUGGCUUGGAGAACACAGUCUUCUGCUCAGGAUUGCAGAAGAGAGGUGAUAUUUGGUAUUCCAGGAACUAAGAAAUGUUGAGCCUGUACAAGCAAGCCUAAUCUUGGUUUGUGUAGGUCUCCUGCUGGGAAGGACCUCUCUCAUUACCUUCCCUUAUUUCAGUGGACAAAGACUUUUUUUUCCAGAGAUAAAUUAGAUCCCUGAUUAAUAUCAUGUUUCCCAAGAUUGGGGAAGGCUGCAUUUAUAAUUGUAUUCUGGUUGUUAUCUCCAUACAAUAUCAUUUCAUGUAUUGGAUUCAGAAAUAGAAACAGGUAUAAAAGAAUAGCCAUGGACAACCAGGUGUUCUCAACUUGUUGGGACAAACACCCAAAUAUUGUGCAACACAUCUGUCAAGUAUCAAGUUGGGUAAGGCUGGCACAGAUAAUAGCAAUAUUUUCUUCUUGCACAUUUUUUUUACUAUUAUUCAUGUUAAUUCUCAUCUCUUGAUGAGAAAACAUGUUUGUCAUAAAUUCUUGUGACAUUUUCAAACAAUUACACCACUACUCAUAAACAAGCAUUGAAGAUAAAAGUAGCUGUUAACUUUUUGAAAAUUUUUUGCUCUCGUGGCAAAACAUAGAAGCUGCCACCAUUCCCAGAAUAACUUGUUAGUGCUCACAGGAAAUGAAUAUAUGGAAACAGUGGGAAUGAAUCUGUAUCUCCACUUAAAAGCCCCAUACUUGAUCUAUUAGCUGUCAGAGAUUUUUUUUAAAUGACCAGGAUCCAAAUGCUUUUUAGGUGGAUCCAUAACUCUUCAUUUUAUUUUUCGUUCUGAAAAGUCCCUCUCACAAAGGGUUGGCUCUGUGUCUGAGCAUCAUUUAAUUAUAGUACAUUUAAAUGUUAGGGCUUCUAUCAACAACAUUUUUAAUUCCUGAAUUAGAUUUCCAGAUCAAGAAAAUUUAUUGGAUGUACUUUUUUGCCCAUCCAGCAAAAAGGAGAGGAGGCAGGAAGAGGAUUUUCUGUAUUAUGUUCUAACAGCAGCCUAGAAAACUGGGGAGAAAGCCAAUACAGAUGCUGUUGCUUGUAUCCUGGCAAUAAUCACACCAAGCCAAAAUAUUUCUGAUCUACUUAUAAUUGGUAACAGAGCCCAGAACAACAGAGAAAUAAUGCAUUAUGAUGGUGAAAACGAAGGGAAAGAGGGAGAGGUGAGACCUAGAGGUCAAGCUGUAUAUGUGUCUUGUGGCCUCAGUCAUGUGAGGACUUUGAAAGGCAGCACUUGCUGGAUAAAGUAUUUUUGCUCCUUUUCUUUGAAGGGUAAAUGACAGAAACACUAGGUUCAUGGGUGGUUUCCUCUUUGGGUGAGGGGGUAGGUGAGGGAGGAGGGUAUGUUUUCUGAUUUCUCAGCUAUUGGAAAGCCCUCACUCAAUAAAUGGGAUGAUACAAUCUUUUAAAGAAGACACUUGCAUAUCCAAAUCCAGCUUUGGCAAAUGUGCCAAUUUCUAUCCUACACAGACUGGCAUAGCCUAAUGUCAAUGCUCCACGCACAAGGAACCUUUCAUUUGGAUUGCUGCAAUGAAUUCUUCAUAAAGCUAUCUUGAAGUCAGCCCCGAAGCUGUAACUGGUGCAGACUACAUCUCCUAAUGCAGUGGUUCUCAACCUUUCUAAUGCCGUGACCCCAUAAUACAGUUCCCCAUGUUGUGGUGACCCCCAAGUGGGUGUGGCCACCAAUAAGAGGGAGUAGGACAGCUAGGGAAAAGGGAACAAAAUGGUGGACAGCAUGGUUUGGCGACCCCCAUGAAAAUGGUCGUUCGACCCCAAAUGGGGUCCCGACCCACAGGUUGAGAACCACUGUCUAAUGAUUAAGAGAGGAGGAUAUAGAGUCCAUAUCACGCUAGUCCUGAAAGUGUCACACUGGUUGUGAUUACUGGACUGUAUUUCAGGUGCUGAGAUUAAUUUGUAAAGAUCCAAGUACUUAAAAGAAUACCUCCUUCAACACUGUCCAAAUUUGCAUUACAAUCAUGUGGGGAGGCCUUGUGAGGUCCUGUUAGUGGAUUUGGUUAAUAGUAUGAUGGCUAUCUUUUUGUAAAUCUUGGAAAAUCACUAAGGCAACCUCUGCCCAUUUUAUGCUAGCAAUCUGCUUCCCCUGACCAUUGGAGUUGGUGGUGAACCCUACAGUGAGUGUGUCACCCUCCAAUAUCAUGUUGGAACAGAGAAUUGAAUCAUGCAGUUCAUCACCAGGAACAUGGUGGCGCCUCACUUAUAUUGGAUACUUAAUAUAAAAUGAUUAACUGCUAUGUCUAAGUGGACUUUGGUCAUGCAAAAUACUCUAGGAUUAAACAUAGUAGAAACAAGCAUCAGAAAUGAAUUGUUAGCAGGAAUAUCAUCUUGGAACUAUUCCCUCAACAUUUUAAACCAUACAGGCAACCCACUGUCUCUAGCAAGUAUGGUUAAUGGGAGUUAGUCCAAACAUUUGGAGACCAGGUUGCUAACUUUGCUCUGAAGUACAAACAACUGCCAGAUAGCUCAGCCCCACUUCUAUAACAGGGAUUGCAGGAAGGAGAAACAGACAAGCGGGAGGAGGGAUUUAGAGAGCUCUGCUGGAUCAGACCAAUUUCAGCAUCUUGUAUUAUUCCAUCAGAUGUUCAGUAACGAAGACAUGAAGUUUAUUAUUAAUAUUCUCACUGUUUUCCAGUGGACAGCAUUGAAUGGGUGGUUGCCUUUGAUCCUAAUUUCCAGAGAGCAUAUGUACCUUGACAUAGAAUUUUUGCAUUUAUUCCCUGCCGCCUUUGAAGAUCCCCCACCCCAUUAAAUGAAUAUAUAGACCAUUCUCUAUCCUGAUGCCAUCCAGAUGUGUUUGGAUUCUGGCUUUAGAAUUUUCAGCCAGUAUGACCAAGAUGUAUGAAGGAAGAUGCCAGACUGGAGAUGGCUGCUACAAUGGUUGGUAUUCUUAGAUGAGAUUAAGUUCUAAUGUGGCUGGUUUGAUUUUGGCUUUGUCUGUAGUAUGAGCAAAUACUUAAUGGUGGAAUUGCUUGUAAUGUUUUUAUGACUAGGUAUUUUUUUCUCUGCUACUACAGCCUACAAUGGCAGGGUUUAUCUUCAUUUGGCUUGCUACAUCUGGGGGCCAUCCAUAAUUACUGUAAAUGUACUUAAAUGUGCAACAGAUUAGUUUUUCCUACUAAUAGGCAGAAGAGUAAGCUUGGGUGGUCUAGAAAGAGAUGCUUAAGCUUUGUUUUAAUCAAAAUUCCCCUUGUGCAGAAAGAAAAGAAACAUAAUCCUGAUUAAUGAAGAUCCAACGAGAGAUACUUAAGAAAGGUUUUCAAGGGAGAGAUAGACUGAGAGAAAAGGAAGAUGUUGCUAAAUUAUAAUAAUGCUAAAUUGUAUGUGAGAAAUGAAAAAAAAGACUUAUAAAUAUUGAGAUAAUUGCAAUAAAAUCUACCUUAUCAAUCAA